GGCCAGUGCCCAGCCCGCGCCGCCGCAGCCGCAGCCACCGCCGCAGCCAGGCGGAGCCCAUGAGCGCUGAGGCCGGGCGCGGGAUGCUGCGGGCGCCGCCCUGAGCGCUGCAGGCGGCGGGCGCCGGGCGGGGAUGGAGUGAGGCAGCGCCCGGGGAGGCGGCAGCGCCCCAUGAGCCGCGGCUGAGCGCAGCGGGGGGGGCUGGGAUGAGUCUGGUGGGCGGCUUCCCGCACCACCCCGUGGUGCACCAUGAGGGCUACCCCUUCGCCGCCGCCGCCGCCGCCGCCGCCGCUGCCCGCUGCGGCCACGACGAGAGCCCCUACUUCCACGGCUGGCUGCUGGGCGGGCCCCCGGAGAUGUCCCCCCCCGACUACAGCAUGGCUCUGUCCUACAGCCCCGAGUACGCGGGCGCCGAGCACCCGCACCCGCACGCCCACUACGGCGGGGUGGCGGCGGCGGGCGGCGCGGCGGCGGCGGCGGCGGGGCUGCCCGGGGCGCGGCCCGUGAAGCGGCGGGGCACGGCCAACCGCAAGGAGCGGCGCAGGACUCAGAGCAUCAACAGCGCCUUCGCCGAGCUGCGCGAGUGUAUCCCCAACGUGCCGGCCGACACCAAGCUGUCCAAGAUCAAGACCCUGCGCCUGGCCACCAGCUACAUCGCCUACCUCAUGGACCUGCUGGCCAAGGACGACCAGCACGGCGAGGCCGAGGCCUUCAAGGCCGAGAUCAAGAAGACGGACGUCAAGGAGGAGAAGAGGAAGAAGGAGCUGAACGAGAUCUUGAAAAGCACAGUGAGCAGCAACGAUAAGAAAACCAAAGGGAGGACUGGCUGGCCGCAGCACGUCUGGGCUUUGGAGCUCAAGCAGUGAGGAAGGACUCGAGGAGAUCACCGUCUCCUCCUCCUCUUCCCGGACUCGUGAGAGAGCUCUGAUCCGAGGACUCUUUUGUGUUUGGAAUCAUCCAGUUAAUUUAUGUGCAAUUUCCCCCCACUCCCCCCACCAUGUGGAUAUCCGAAGACAAAGCAUUCCAUAUUUUAAUAUGAAGAGGAAGCGCCAGCUUGGUAAGGGGUAAAGUCUCAAUAGUUUCGUGAAUGUGAUUGCUCUGUACAGACCCCACGGGUAAAGAUAGAAAAGGGGGGGCGGGGGGGAAAGGACUCCCUGGCAUUAGUGUGUAUGUGAAGUGUAUCUCUAAUUCUGGCCCUUUUUGGAUAUAAAUAUUCAUGGGAUUCUAAAGUUAUAUUUCAGCAGAAACAGUUGCACCACUGCUCCAGCUGACUUGGUAUUUAGUGUCGUCAUUUUGUUGUGGUCGUUCAGUAUUGGCAGAUGUUUUCAACAGUUAUUUGUUAUGUGCACUUCCGUCCUUAAGGAAAAGAAGAAGAAAGUGGAGUUUAAUUAAUAUUGAAGGUGUAAACGUUGUAAGUAUUCAAUAAACCACUGUGUGUGUUUUUUUUUUUUACAAAAAAAAGAAAUCUUUUUAUGUUUUAUACCUCAGAAUGUGUUUAAAUGACGCUGUUUAUAGUUAUCGUGAUAUUUAAGAUAUUCGCAAGUAAACUAAAUUAUAAAGA